AUGGCGGUUAUCUUGUUUUGUGGACGCCAACUGCAGGUCUUGGUGAUUGGCUCAGCCCUGUCCAUCCUCACUGGCACCCUCCAUGAGAUCCGGCAGGUAAACAACGAGCGUAGCAGAAAGCGCAGGGAGCUGCGGAUCUUUCUCCAGACCAAGGCGGUGCCAACAGAGUUGUUGAUGCGCAUUAUGAGCUAUGCCGACUACAAGAUGGCGCGCCAGUCCCCGAUUGGGUAUGACACAAGUCUUAUCUCGCCUAUGCUGGAAGCGGAGUUGGCAACAUUUCAGUUCGGAGGCCACUUGGCCAUCAUUUCUGAGCUGUUCAAUGCCCAGGCAUUGGUGUUGCAGACAUUCGCAGACUUCUGCGGUGCUCUUGUCAAGCAGUUCUAUAGUGAGGGGGAGUCCGUCUUCACUGCGGGCUCUUUGGCAGAGAUGAUGUACAUCACUAGCCAUGGGGAUUUCUCCUUAGGCGACGAUGAGACCCAUGCCAGCAGAACCUUCAGUGGGAACCACAACUACUUCGCCGAGGUCUCCCUUUAUGUGGAAGCAGUGAUGCACAAUUGCACCCUGCAAGCCGAGUCCUUCGGAGAGGUCUUUGUCCUGACGGGCUCCAAGCUGGCUUCAGUGCUGGCAAACUCUCCGAUGUGCACCACGAUGUUCAUUGAAUACGCCAACCAGUACAUCCGAGCCUACUCCGAUGCGAUGAGCCGGAAGGAGCAUGACGAUGCUUUGGAAAUGGAGAGGGCCUGUGCUUCAAAAGCGACCUUCACAAAUUCGUUCUACAUGGAUUUGAACGUGGAUGAGCGGAAGAUGCUCAGAUCAAUUAACCUAAAGGAGCUGCAAGAGCAGGAGGACCGGUCAACGCCCCUGGAGUUUGUUGAACAAGUGCUGAGGAGCAAUCAACCGGAAUUCCUUGACCAGCUGCGCAAGUCCUUUGUGGAGCUUGACACUGCUGAUGGCCUUCACACAAGGUACGGCGAGCUCAAAGAGCAAGAAAAGGUCGAGAGCGGCAUCCUGAGCUUGGUGGCCUUGGCGCGAGGCGACUACGAGGCUUACACCUCCCCCCAGAGCGGAGCAAACCGCCUGACCAUGGCUCAGUGGGAGCAACUUCAGGGUGUACUUCUUUGGGCCGAGCCUACCCCAGAGAAAGUGAUGGCAGCAAUCUGGCUUCUAGCAGUGCGGCCCAUGGGCAAGUACAGGGCAGUGACAUCACAGCUCCCAAGCCAUGCACAGCGGCCAGACCAAGCAGUACGGUACAUCCUUGCUGGCUAUCCCCUUGUGUCACCUUCUGGCGAUGCCUUAACAACUCACGUCCGAGCCUUUGUGACAUCCACUCUUGAGCUGCAGCUGGAUUUCAACUUUGCACAGAUGUUGCAGGGUGAAAACGUGCCGGCCAACCUUUUGCAACUGAAAGAGUUCAUCCUGAAGAAGAGCGGCGAAGAGACUUUGAAGUUCUAUGUACUGUUUCUGCUGGGAUUCCUGAGUGGUCUAGCUGGUGGCAAUGGCUCCCGCUUUAUGAACUGCAGCAAUGCCCGGUCCACGAUUCCCGGGCUUCACAUCCUCAUGCGGGUCUUGGAGAAGGACCCGAUGUGUGGCGGUUUGCUGUGGAAACCGCGAGCGCUUCUCGAACCCACAGCACUUUACUGGACCUACAUCCACAACCGUGCGGUGGACUUGGGCCGUCAGCCAUCCAAUACGGCUGAUCUUGCCGUGGUGCGCUUGGCCUGCCUGUGCAGGGCACAGAAGCCCAAGGACCUGCAGGUGCUGCAAGAGUCCUGGCAGCAGCUCACGAGUGCCGAACAGCGCAGUUUAUUGCAGCACUUUUUAGCGGAUGGCGUGGUCAACCAGGCCAUUGUCUUUGAGUUCCUGCCGCUGUGCUUGGAGCGCGCCAAAUCCAACGCUUUCGUGACAAUCCCUGUGCUGCUGCAGGUGCUGGUGGAGCUUUUAGCUGCCGUACGUGCAGUAGCGCCCAAAGCAGUGGCCUCUGUGGUGAAGGAAAAAACACUUCCUUUUUUUCCAGGCAGCAAGCUUCAGACCUUGUCCGUCGACCUGGCAGACCUGGCUGCCUUCAUCUUGAUGGUGCAAAACAGCUACAUCUUUCAGACUUGCCUGUGCCGAGCGAAGUUGCGUUUGAUUGGCGGCCGGCUGGUCUUGGAGGUGUCCCAGGAGAACUGGCGUCGAGUUCGGGAACCCCACACAGAUGUCAUCAUGCUGGCAAAUUCCGUCCGGGAUCUGGUGAAGCACCACAAGCAAGAGAAGGCAGGUGUGCGCAGGGACACCCUUUAA